CCCGCAGCCCGCGAUGGUGGCCGAGUGGCCGGAGCGGCGGCCGCCGCGGCCGGAGACUUUCUGCUAACCUCCCCGCCCCGCCGCCCCUCCCCAGCGCCCCCCGCCCCUCCCCUCCCCCUGCCCGAAAGACGCGCAUCGCCGCCCGGAGUGGCGCCUCCAGUCGCGGCGGCCGCGGCGGUGGCGGCGGAUGGGGGGCGCGAGCGGGCGGCCGCGGCGGCUGCACCCGGCGGGGCGCUGAUGCGGCGCCUGAACCUUCGCUGCGCGACUUCGGGGGCGUCGGCCGAGUGGGCACUCCGCGAUGCAGCUCCUGAAGGCGCUCUGGGCACUCGCGGGGGCCGCGCUCUGCUGCUUCCUGGUCCUGGUGAUCCACGCGCAGUUCCUCAAAGAAGGUCAGCUGGCCGCCGGCACCUGUGAGAUCGUGACCCUGGACCGGGACAGCAGCCAGCCUCGGAGGACGAUCGCCCGGCAGACGGCUCGCUGUGCCUGCAGAAAGGGGCAGAUCGCGGGUACCACGAGAGCCCGGCCCGCCUGCGUGGACGCUCGAAUCAUCAAGACAAAGCAGUGGUGUGACAUGCUGCCGUGUCUGGAGGGCGAGGGCUGUGACCUGCUCAUCAACCGGUCAGGCUGGACGUGCACGCAGCCCGGCGGGCGAGUGAAGACCACCACGGUCUCCUGACAGACGCGGCCCCGGAGGGGCCCCGGGAGUGGCCUGGGCUCCCUGGAGAGUCCACAUCUCAGCCACGGCCCCCUGUCCGCUGUGGACUCGACCCGUUCUCCGCCAUCUGCCCACCCUCCGUCUCUCUGUAGCCUGUCAAGGACAGCCUGCUUCCUCGGGGUCCCGAGCUGAGCGUGCGCACCGCGGCGAGGAGUCUGGCCUGGGACACGCAGCAGGGGCCGCGCCGGCUGUCCGUGGGAGCCUGGCCUCACCCGCCCUCCCUGGCCGCGGCCCGGGCUGUGCGCGCUGAGGAGGACCAGGGCGCGGCCGCAGGGGACGGCCGCCCAGCCAGCCCGGGAAAGGAGGACCGCGCCAGGCCCGGGGGAGGACUGGCCCUCGGGCACGGAAGAGGCCUCUCCGUGUGCCCCAGACUGUCCGAAUCACUUUUAUUUUCGUAUUUCAGUAUACUCAAUAGACCAAAGAGAAACAUCUAUUUAACUCGGACUCACCCGGGCCGUCUGAGUCCCCAGGCUCGGCCGGGGCCCGCGGGGGCAGAGACACGCCGGCGGGGUGCGGAGGGCAGCCCCGGCAGAGGCCUCGCCGCCACGGACACCACGGGGCGCGCUGAGAGGGGCCGAGCCGGCGGAGGACGCCGCGGCAGCCCCCGGGGCCCGGCCGCGAUGCCCCACCCAGACCCGGCCGCGGGCCAGCGCGGCUCGCCGGGGACACAGGGCACCGCGCACCCGCUCCCUGUACCUAGCUGGACUGGACCGACUAAAACCACGUUCUGUUUUAACCAGUUAAACACGCCUCUCUGCAGCUCAUCUCCGGUAGUGGGGUAAUCCAGUAUCCGCCAAGAGCAUGUUGGGUCUCCCGUGACCACUGUCCGCUCGACACAACCAUUUAGCUCCAGAAAGCAAAUUAAAGAAACCUGAAGUAACACUUGUUUGAAAGAGAUCAUUAAAUGUAUUUUGCAAAGCCUAAAGUUAUAUAUUUAACAGUUUUUAUAUGUUGUAUAUUUGUAGAAAAUCCUAUUUAACAAUUAAUGGGGUAGCCCCCCACCCCCGGGCCGGCCAGCCACGCAGCGGGCGGGGCGCCCGUGUCUCCGAAGGGCUCGGGGCGGGGGCAGGGGGCCGGCGUGGGAGGGCAGGACUCCGGGGACAGCGGCCGAGGACGCGCCUGACGUCACGGGAGCCGCAGCGGGUGCCCGGGGGGAGGUGGCCGUCUGCACCCGCUGGGGCCCAGCUCGCCGAAGGGCGAGUGCGCCGUCCCUCGGUCACGCCGCUUCCGGCGGGUUCCGCGUCCCUUUCCCUGCCCCUCCCCCACAGGCAGACCCUGAGGCCUCGGCCUCAGACCUCCUCCCCCUGUCCGUGUCCCGCUCCCUCUCGGUCUUCACGUCUGGCGGCGAGGGGCUGCGGCAGGCCGCCCUGCGGAGAACGGCGGGCGCCUGACCUUCCCACGCCCUCCCUGGAGCAUGGGGUCGCUGGGCCCGGGGACGAGGGGACAGUCCGCGUCCCUGUCCCCGGGCCGGGCCGCGGUCCCACGGGGUCCUUCAUUCUCCUGAGUUUGUGCUGAACUAUAUACUACCUGACGGUCCGAUUAACAGGCCCACUAUGCUAGUUCUAUGCUACUAAAAAAAAAAAAAAAAAAAAAAAAUUAAAAAAAAUAAUAAUAAGUAUAUAGAAGCUGUCCCAGCAACCCAUAGAC